AUGAAAGCAUUUCGUUUAUUAUAUGUAACAGCCAUAGUUGUUUUAGGAUCACAAAUUGCAGCCAUACCCAUAGAGCCGACAGAUAAUGAGGUGCCAGCUGAAGCCGAUAAAUCACCCCAGCCAGAGGGUGUAGAGGAGGAAAGUAACCAACCAACAACUACAGCUUCCAAACCAGAAGAUUCAGAAACUUCCAAUUCAAAUCCACAGGCCACCUAUGUGCUGCCUGACAAUCAAGGUUCUGGCUCCCAUAACAAUUUUGAUCCUUCCAUCUAUGCUGGUUAUCUAACUCCAGAGGCCUUUCAGCAAUAUUUGUCACAAUUUGCUGGGGCUUUUGCUCCUUAUGCUUAUCCUGGCUAUGCCACAGGGCCUACCCCUGUAUAUCCUGGUCCCUUUGCUGUACAAACGGGUUAUGACGGCUUCCUGGUACCAGCUGUUCAACCCAAUUUACCCAACAGUAAUACUGCAGUAUCCACCUCGGUUAUCAGCCACGUUGUCACUGCGCUUCAAAGCUUAUCCACACUACUAAUGAGUUCACCCUUCUUCCAAAUAAUUAUGACCGUCUUGGGAGUUGUAGCCAUGAUUGUUUUUGGAGGAGCCAUUACAACGGGCAUUUGUAAUUUCACUCCCCUCUGCAGUUUCUCCUUAAAGGCAGUCACCUAUUUGCGUGGCAAUGGUGCUGCAGAUGUGGGACGCAUGAUAGCCGAGGAAAUGACCCCAGAACGGGUGAGACGUGCCGCUGAAUUUGUGCGAAAUGCCAUACGAAAGUAUAAACAAAUGCAAGUGAUGAUGAAAGCAGAAGAACAGGGAUCGGAUUGA